AUGGAGGUGAAGAUAGUGGAUGCGGAGGACAAGCUUGAGAUAUUUGCGAUUUUGCAUAUACGGGUCGCGCUGGCGAGCCACCAUCCACAGCUUUCCGAAUCUCCUGCUUAUGCCUCAAAGAAUAUGAACGUGUCAACAUACGGACGCAGUCGCCAGUCCAUCGCCGACCUGGAGCAAGAAUUAAAUGAUAUCUUUCAGAGCCAUCCUGAAUCCCAUCUCAGCGCAGAAGACGAGCCCGUUAUUCCGGGAAAUGCACUCGUCGAUGUCCUUCGAACAUUCUCACGAAAUCAUGAUGCCGUCGAGCUCAUGACGCGUGAAGAGGAGGACCAGUUAAUAAGUCUUCUCGAAACCAAUCCUGGCUUGGCCGUAACUCCACAAGUUCUACUACAGUUCAUUGCUAUGCGCACAACAUUUAGUCCCCACCAUAGCCCAGAAGGUUCUCCUCCUGCUGACGCUAGCGAUUUCGAGGAGCGCGGCCGAAUAGAUGGCCGAGAAUACGAUGAAGGGCACUCGCGUUCAUCUAGCAGGGACUCGACGGGAACUUCUAUCUACAGACCUUCUUCUCGAGGACCUCCAAAGACACCCACUAAUAGGGAAUCACCUUUUGACACGUCUCGAAGGCAACGAUCAACACCUCUGGGCAAUAUUGCGCCAUCCAGUUGGACGCGUCGGCCACCACCGUCUCGACGGAAGAGUGAUGCUGGCUCUCAUAGCCGUGCACUGAGCGACUCAGAAUCUACAAGUCCUCCUGCCGCAUAUGGUCGCACCUCAGGACGAUCAAGAGCGCCAUCUAAUCCUGUCAGUCCUACCACCUUGUCACCUGUAGGGUCACCACCAUUUGCUGCUACCAUCUCCCGACCACAUUCGCGUGCUCAGUCCCAGCCACAAUCGCACUUCUCCUCACUGGACGGGGCUAUGGACGGAUAUCAUAGGCGAUCCUCCCCAGAACGAGACUUCGACUAUCGUACCAACGGUGGCCUCCUAUCUCCUCCCCAAUCUGAUCGUUCUGAGUCUUCUUUCGAUGAGGACGACCGAUUCGGUUCUCAAAUAUCUUCUUUGCCUAUGCCUCGUGUAUCAAGUGAUGAUGAUUCAGAAGAUGAUGACGACGACUCCAUGCUAGGGCUCGUAAUGGACCGUUCAGCUGCGUCAUCAACAGUUUCGCUUGAUUUGCAGGAGCGGCUAGAAGCGUUGCAACGAAUGAAUACCGAUCUUGGGCGCAAAUUGAUCGAGGCAGAAAAGACUUUGCAGUAUAAGCUUGCAGAGCAUGAGAUGGAGCUCGAGGAGAUGCAGAGCCGAUUAGAAGAAGUUAAGAGUGAGCUGAGUGCAACGAAGCGCGAGGAGAAAGAGCUUCGGUCGAAAGAGCAUACGAACCAGUCGCAAAUUUCGGCCCUGGAGUCCGAGAUCUUCAAGCUGCAGAAGAGUUUGGAUGUCGCAAGAGCCUCUUACCAAAGUCUCCAGAAGCAGUAUCAAGAGCAGUGUGCCGAGUCGGAACGAUAUCGUAACACACUCCGCCGAAGGGACCAGGAGGUCAAAGAUUUUCAAGAUGCUGCUGCUCUACAAGCUAUUGAAACCAGCAAGUGGGUCCGUGAGCAAGCCAACUAUGAAGAACGCAUUGCAUUCUUCGAGGGCGAGCUUGCCGUUGCCCAACAAGCACAAGUGCAGCUGGAAGAGCAAAAGCAGGAAAACAUGAUGCUGAAAGAGACCAUUGAUCGCAUGCGAUUCGACAUGGAUGAGAUGCGCAAUGGUGCUGCAAGCAACCAUCUAUUGCAAGGUGGUUCUGGUAGCUCUAGUGCCCGGAAUAGCGUCAGCAAGAGCCUAGGCGCGGAGCUGUUGAGCAAGAUGAAGGACGGCAGGUGGGGUCUGGAAGACGACGAAGAGGAAGAAGAGGUCUCUGAUCAGCUGGAGAUUGAGGGCGGCGAUGAGGAUACCGAGGGCGAGGACGUUGUCGAGACCAUUAUCACACGUACUAAGCGGAAAGUAGCCAGUCGGGCCAAACGACUCGAGACAAUUCAAGUCGAAGAAGUGAAAGAAUAUUCGGAUACUGCUACCCAGCACGACGUGUUCGAGUUCACGAACUCGUGUGACGUGCAGACGGACCCAGAGCCCAAGAUUCUCACUGCUUCACUCAAUAUCCAAACUGAAGAUCUCCCACUCUUCUCUAUAUCCAUCCAAACGGACCCAGAACCUCAACCAGAGCCGGACAACAGGCCAACAUCAGACGUCGAAGUGCAAACGGAUGACCCACAACCGGUGGCAUCUACCUCAUCGACCCCUCCUCUUCUAGAAGAAGAAGAGGAUGCGCUGGCGUCUUCCUCGUCCACCCUUCUCCCACCCACGCCGAGAGCACAGUCCGAAGACCUUCACGAUCAUGUUCACGACCUUCCUCCUGAUUACAAUCAGGUUACUGAACACGAUCGGGACGAACUUGCUAUUCGAGUGGCGAACGAGACGCUCAAGAAGUGGCACAAAGGGCUCAAGUUACCCAUUGAGCCAGUCCAGGGUGGUAUCUCCGAAGACGCUAUCGAAGACUGGAAGGCCCUGAAGGAAGAACUCGGUAUUGAGUGCUCAGCUAUUGACCGGAUCGUCGAAGAGUCGUCGAAGACUGGCAUGCCCCGCCCAUCUAGAGAUGGAGAACACUCUCGCCGCCGCCGCAGUAGGUUCUACAACAUUUACAAUACGUAUGUGUACGAUGGUGCCGCGCCGAUGUCGACGAGCCAGUUCCUCUUCUGCAUCGGCGCCUCUGCUGCUGUUGCCUUCCUUGUCGGACAGGCCAUGGCGCCUCCAUAUGUCCCUGGUGGUGCGACUUAUUAUGAUCGCGCCGCGUGGUCAAGCUUUAACUCCAUCCAAGCGACGGGCGAAGGUUUCCCCGGUGAUGCUCAAGCCGCUGUCUGGGGCUUCCUCGGUCGGCUUGGUGGUGGUGCUGCGAGGACUCUACGCGGCUGGCCGACGUAG